CAUCAAAAUGUCGGCGGCCUUGAGCAUCUCAUAAGUCCCGCGGAGGGCGAUUGACCCUCUAACUCUAUCGAUACCAACGUCAUUGACAUUCUCCACCUUAUUGUCUUGUAGUAUUUCUUGUCAUAUUCUUUCUUUCUUCGCCAUGGCCGGCCCCACCCCACGAUACACUCUCGGCGUCGAGAUCGAGGUGCUGGUAGAACCCCACAAGAUCAGGCCGCCGCUACAGGAGAAGCACGCCCUUUACUACGAGUUGUUGGCCAAAGCCCUCCGGAACAGAGGCCUCAAGGCACAACACAACGACUUGACGCAGAGAGAGUGGCGAUCGAGCAACUACAACGAGUGGUACAUCACCAGAGAUGGCUCUCUCGGAAACCCGGCCAACCUCAUUCCCACAGAGGCCGUUUCACCCAUCCUCGACACGGCCACGGACUGGGACCAAGAGAUCGACGUCUUCUGGGACGCCAUGCGGGCCGUCUUCCACAUGCCGCAGCGGGCCGGAACCUGCGGCAGCCACGUCCACGUGUCGCGGGGCCGCAACGUGCGGUUCACGCUCGCCGAGCUCAAGACCAUCGCCUACGGCAUCGUCGUGUACGAGGACCGGGUCAUGGACCUACUCAUGGCCUACCGCCAGGACAACGCGUACUGCAAGCCCAACAGCAAGAACUCGUUCCAGCUGCAGCGCGCUGGCGGCAACCGCGUCUUCAUCGCGAACAUGAUCAGGAGCGCCGCCACGCCCGAGGCGCUGAGGGACAUCAUGCAGAACAGCAGGUAUGUGCUGUGGAACUUCGACAACGUCGCCGCGAACAAGUCGGGCACCAUCGAGUUCCGCGGUGGCCGGUUCCUGCGCGGCGAGGUGCGUACGAAGCGCUGGAUGACCUUUGCCGUGGCCUUCAUCCACGCCAUGCUUCGGAUGAACGACUUGGCCACCAACGGUCUUUCGGCCGGGAGCACUGCGGUCCUGUAUUCCGAAAUCAAGAGGGCCGCGCAAGAGCUGGGCAUGGGAGAGUUCUUGCCCAAGAAGUUUGGUGUCCUGAACGAGACGCUGCCGUCCGUCUAAUAGAUGCUUUGGGGUGAUCUGUUUUGGAAAAGCCAAGGUUGGAUGGAGAUAUGUCCAGAUGAAUUAUGAACGCUCGCUAUUGAAAUGUUUAGGGGGCGUGGUUGUUUUGCGAGGGCCAAGCUUAUCUAGGUAAUAUAGAUAUGUUAUGUUCCGUGCUGAAUGCCUCAGCGUCUUCUUGUAUACAGCAGUACGCACUGGGAACAGAAGGACGAAGUCGCUCAAGCAGAUAGAUACGGGAACAAGAAGCCAUGUUUAGAUACCUA